AUGCUUUGGGCUGCUCCUAGGCUUUUAGUUGCAUUACUGUUACUCACUGGAUUGAGCUGUGAAUCAAACCACUAUGAAAAAAAGAGGCGGAAAAGGACCAUUUAUGACGAGCAGCCUCGUUUGUCCUCAGAGCAGGGCAACUUAGUGUUCCGCACUGGCUCCAGCAAAAAUAUUGAAUUUAGAACUGGACCGCUGGGGAAAAUAAAAAUUAAUGAAGAAGACCUUGCAGAACUUUUUAGUCAGGUGAGAGAAAAUAAUGCAGAGAUUCAAGAACUUAAAAAAGCCAAUGGUGCCUCUCAGAACGUGUCCCAGCAGGUUGCUCUGCUGACUUCCAAGAUUGUGAAUCUUGACAACAAACUUCAAAGCUUAGAGCAGGCUAUCCAGAGGAAAGCCUGCAGUAGUAACCCAUGUGAGAACUCAGGGACCUGUGUAAACUCGCUGGAUGGUUUCUUUUGCCUCUGUCCCAGCAACUGGCAGGGCCUCCUGUGCUCGGUGGACGUUAAUGAAUGCCAGAUUUAUGCUGGAACAGCGUUAGGCUGCCAGAAUGGAGCCACUUGUGUGAACACACCAGGCAGCUACAGCUGCUCCUGUACUCCAGAAACUUAUGGACCUCACUGUGCCUUGAAGUUUGACGACUGCCAGGGAGGAUCUGAGACACUCUGUGGGCAUGGCAUCUGCGUAGACGCAGACAGAGAUCAGCCCAACAAGCCCAAGUACCACUGUAUUUGUGACACUGGCUGGAUGUCCCCUCCCGGCAGCCCUGCCUGCAGUGCUGAUAUAGAUGAAUGCAGCCUCCCUAAUCGUCCGUGCUCACAGAAUCCACUUGUGCAGUGCUACAACACACCAGGCUCCUACUCGUGUGGUCCCUGCCCCACAGGCUGGCAAGGAAAUGGCUACAGUUGUCAAGACAUUGAUGAAUGUGAAAGUAAUAAUGGAGGCUGCUCAACAGCGCCAAUGGUUCAAUGUAUCAACACAAUGGGAUCCUUCCACUGUGGGCUCUGUCCACCAGGUUAUGAGGGAGAUGGAAAAACAUGUACCCAGGUUGAUAUCUGCUCAAUAAAUAAUGGAGGGUGCCAUCCUUUGGCUACUUGUACUUCAGCUCCAGGGCCAAUGCCAUUUUGUUCCUGCACAUCUGGAUACACUGGAAGUGGAUAUGGGCCGAACGGGUGUUCUCCUCUCAGUGACAUCUGUCAGCAGCAAAACCCUUGUGCAAAUGGGCAGUGCUUGGCAAUGAUCUCUGGAUACUUCUGCCUGUGUAAUGCGGGCUGGACAGGCCCUAAUUGUACUGAGAACAUUGACGAAUGCAUUAGCAACCCAUGCCAGAACGGGGGAAGCUGCACCGAUGGGGUCAACGGCUACUCCUGCGAGUGCACCAGCGCCUGGACAGGACCACAGUGUCAGACUGCCCAGCAAGUUUGUGGAGGAUAUCUCUCAGGCUCCAGGGGGACUUUCAGUUACCCUAACAACCCAAACAGCCAGCAAUACAACAGUGGGGUCAGCUGCGCUUGGGUUAUUCAAACUAAUCCCAACAAGAUCCUGCAUAUUAUUUUCCCAUUCUUCCAACUGGAGACAAGUAAUGACUGUAGCUCUGACUUCCUUCAAAUCCAUGAUGGGCCUUCAGCGUCAACGCAUAUGCUGGGAAAAUACUGUGGCUCCUCACCUCCUGCAGAGCUUUUCAGUUCCCACAACUCCUUGUAUUUUUGGUUCUACUCAAACCACGCCAUUACAGCUGGAGGUUUUACUGUUCAGUGGGAAUCCAAGGAUCCCGAAUGUGGUGGUGAGCUGAUGGGUACUUACGGCUCGAUAAGCUCUCCAGGAUACCCUGGUAACUAUCCUGUAAACAGAGACUGUUUCUGGACCAUCUCAACCAGUCCUGGCCAUCUCAUCACAUUUGCUUUUGGCACACUAAGCCUAGAACACCAUGAAAACUGCAGUUAUGACCAUUUAGAGAUUCGAGAUGGUCUUCUUCCACAAGACCCUCUCCUUGGUAAAUAUUGUAGCACUGGAUCUCCACCCCCACUCCAAACCACUGGUCCGUAUGCAUGGAUUCACUUUCACUCUGAUGACUUAGUUACUGAUAAGGGCUUCCACAUUGUCUAUACAACAUCUCCUGCAGAUCCAAGUUGUGGAGGAAAUUAUACGGAUAGUGAAGGGGUUAUCACGUCCCCUUUCUGGCCAAACCCUUAUAUCAACAACCGACAAUGUAUCUACAUUAUCAGACAGCCAGAGUAUGAAAAAAUAUACCUCAACUUCACCCAUAUGGAGCUGGAGAAUCACACUGGUUGUUCAUCGAAUUAUAUUGAGGUUCGAGAUGGUGACAGUGAGGUGUCUUCCCUUAUUAGCAAAUUCUGUCAUAGUACACUCAUGUCUCCAAUCACUUCUACCAGCAACAGUCUCUGGAUCAAGUUCAAGUCUGAUGCUUCUCUGCAAAGGGCCAGCUUCAGGGCCAUUUAUCAAGUUGCCUGUGGAGGCUCCUUGUCUGGAGCAGGCACUAUCCAUUCACCCUACUACCCCAGGAUGUCCCUUCACCCAAAGACCUGUGAGUGGAUCAUCUCCCAGCCAGCUAGCAAAGUGGUGAUUCUUAACUUCAUUGACUUUGACAUUCGAAAUACAACCACUUGUGACUCAGACUACGUUGAGGUCAGAGAUGGCAACAACAGAGACUCUCCUCUUUUGGAGAAAUACUGUGGUACAGCUGUACCAUCUAUAGUGCAAUCUACACGGAACAAUCUCUAUAUCAAAUUCAGAGCUUCGUCUCUUACCAACCUUGGCUUCAGAGCUGAGUACUGGCCAAUAGAUGCAGUAUGUGGAGAGACUCUCACUGGACCAGAAGGAACCAUUACAAGUCCUGGUCACCCAGAUGUCUACCCACAUGGUAUUAACUGUACCUGGAUUAUUAACAUUCAACCCGGCUAUCUUAUCCGCCUGACAUUCACUUCAUUUAACUUGGCAUUUGAUUAUAGUUGCAGAAAGGAUUAUCUUGAAAUAUAUGACAACAGCACUGUGCAAAAAUUGGGAAGGUACUGUGGAAGAUCAAUUCCACCAUCUCUCACUAGUGGUGGCAAUAUGAUGAUGUUGUACUUUGUGACCGAUCACAGCAUUGCAUCUGAGGGCUUCUCAGCUAAUUAUAUCUCCCUGAAUGCAUCAAAAGUGUGCUCACACAACUACAGUACUGAAACUGGUGUGCUAACAUCUCCAAACUAUCCCAAUAACUACCCUGUCCGGACGGAGUGCAUAUACACCAUCACAGUGGGAAUAAACAGACAGAUUGUGCUGCGCUUCACCAACUUCACCUUGGAAGGGAAUAAACGCUGUACGGAGGAUUAUGUAGAAAUCAGAGAUGGAGGCUAUGAAACUUCUCCUCCUCUUGGAAAAUACUGUGGUACAGACCUGCCUCCUGUUAUAAUGUCUCAUGGUGACAAGCUGUGGAUAAAGUUUGUAAGUGACAUAUUUGGCACAAGAAAGGGAUUUUCAGCAGAGUGGGAUGGUACAUCAGCAGGUUGUGGUGGGACUUUGACAACUGCUUCUGGUAUCUUCAUGUCUCCCAACUACCCUAUGCCAUAUUACCACAAUUCAGAGUGCUACUGGUUGCUCAUAGGAAACCGAGGAACCCCAUUCGAAAUCCAGUUUGAACAGUUCCAUCUAGAGUAUCACCCAAAGUGCAACUUUGAUUACCUUGCGGUAUAUGAUGGCAACAGCAGUAAUGCUAAACAACUAGGUAAAUUUUGUGGGAAUCAGAUACCACCGCUCAUCCAUUCCAGUGGAGACAGCAUGUAUGUAAAACUAAGGACAGAUAGCAGUCUGCGAGGUGGAGGUUUUUUAGCUAAAUACAAACAGGUUUGCCACGAAGUACUGACUGUUAAUCGUAGCCAUGGCAUAUUGGAAAGCUUAAAUUAUCCAAAUAAUUACCCAUUAAAUGAGCAUUGCAACUGGACUAUCCAAACUACAAAGGGGAACACACUCAACUAUAGCUUCACAGCCUUUGAUGUAGAAGAUGGAUCUGACUGUGACCGUGACUUCUUGAAGCUCUAUGAUGGGCCUAAUGUACAAUCCAACCUGAUAGGCACUUUCUGUGGACGGUCUCUUCCACUGGCAGGGAGCACUACAGGGACCAGCCUUCAUGUGGUGUUCUAUUCUGAUGGACUGAACGCUAGAAGUGGGUUCCAGAUGCUGUGGCAUGUUAAUGGUUGUGGAGGAGAACUCUCUGGCCCUUCUGGUUCAUUUCACAGCCCUGGCUACCCCAACAGAUACCCAAGCAAUAGGGAAUGCAUCUGGUACAUUCACACAACGCCUGGUAGCAGCAUUCAACUCACCAUUCAGGAAUUCGACAUUGAAUAUCACCCAAACUGCAGCUACGAUAUUUUGGAGGUGUAUGGUGGCCCUGAUUUCCUCUCUCCUAGACUAGCCCAGUUGUGUGUUUCAAGAUCAGCACAGAACCCACUCCAAGUCUCUACUACUGGCAAUUCAGCCAUUGUCCAUUUCAAGACAGAUGCAGCAGUGACAGGGAAAGGUUUUAAUGCUUCCUGGCAGGAAAACCCGGGUGGCUGUGGUGGUAUUUUCCAAGCAACCAGUGGGGAAAUCCAUUCUCCAAACUAUCCUCAACCUUAUAAUAACAACACAGAUUGUUCUUGGGUUAUCCAAGUGGACUACAGCCACAGAGUCCUAUUGAACUUCUUGGAUUUUGACAUUGAAAAUCACCACUCCUGUAACUAUGACAAUGUUGCAGUGUUUGAUGGUCCUAGCAAUGAAGCACCACUUCUUAGAAAACUCUGUGGGACACAGCAUCCUCCUCCUAUCACAUCCUCCAAGAAUGUGAUGUACAUCCGACUGCAUUCCGAUACAACCAUCCAGCACAGGGGCUUCAGUGCUCGCUUUACUGAAG